AUGGCUCGAUGGUCUGCGAUUAGGACGUUAUUCUGUCAAACGGACGAUAACUACAACAUUUACGAUGUAAGUCUAAACAACUAAACUGUCCGAAACAAGUGAAUUGUUCUUUUUCAGGGUGAUCUCGAUUCUCUGGAAUCCACAAAAAGACCGCAGAAGAAAGUCGUGCUCUCCACCGUCCUUUUCACUUUCAUUCUCGGAGCCAUCCUGCUCACAGUCCUCCUGCUCACCAGGGAUAAAACACCAAAAGCCACGUAUGACAGGUAAUCACAGACCACCUAAAACGCGAUUAUUGAGCUUUGAUUAUCUCGACUUUCAGAGCCAACGAUCCAAAACUUCUAAAUCUAAUAGAAGUAUCACCUGCGGCGAAGCGAUUACCGAAGAAAGGGAAGCUGUUCUGCUGGGUGCAGACCUCGUCCAUCUACCACGACACACGGUCCCUGGCGAUCAAUGAGACGUGGAUUCACCGAUGUGACCACGGACAACUGUUCACUUCGGAAAAGUUCAACGACAGCCGGAUACCGUACUCGACGGUCUUCGCCGGCAUUCCCGACAACUACUACAAUCUGUUCUUCAAAAGUCGCUACGCUUUCCAGCACAUUUACACGAACAUCUCGUCGCAAUUCGACUGGUAUCUCAAGGUUCGGACAAAACUUCUUCGGUGCUUCUUAUAAAAUUCUACUUCAGGCCGACGACGACACCUACGUGAUCGUGGAGAACUUGAAGACGUUCCUCUCGACGCUAAACCCGAACGAACCCCACUAUUUGGGAUACAUUCUGAAGCCAUACCUCCGAAAUGGAUACAACGCGGGCGGCGCUGGCUACAUUCUCUCGCGAGCCGCUCUCAAGAUUUUCUCGGAAGAGUUGUAUCCGAAUGCCACGUUGUGUCCUGAUGAUAUCUAUGAAGACGUCGGCAUUGCCAGGUGAGGAACGCCAAAAAGAUCCAGUGUGAAUGCGGUUUCAGAUGUCUGGCGAACGCGGGAAUCUAUCCGGAAGACACUCGGAACUCGGCCGGCCAGAAUCGCUUCAACACGUUCUCCCCGAGCGACACGUUCCAUCAGACCAAGGCCAGUGUGGAUUGGGUCAAAUUCCGAGAGAAAACAGUACGUUCCUCGUUUUGGUGCGCAAAGAAUCGCAAAUUACAUUUUCAGGGCUACGAAGCGUUCGCCAACGACCUCAUCUCAUUCCAUCAUCUGUCGCCUGACGAGAUCCGUCUUUUCGACAUUCUACUUUAUCGAACAGACAAAAGUUGA